UUUAUUGUGAAAUAAUUGCGGUGCUGUAACAGCAAACACACAUCGCUUCUUUACUCAUUCGUGUUGUUUCAUGCAUUCGCAUUGCCGCCGCAUGAAUCCAGUUUAAACAUUUGCAACGCAUUCGUAUUUCGAUUCUAUGAAUCCAUAUAAACUGCUGAAAAAAAUAAGUGUAAAUACGAUUGAGCAAAAAAUGGAUGAAGAAUGGAAGCAUAAAAUGAUGCCUUAGCGGUUCUACUUCGUAUAGUUGUUUAUUUGAAUGAGUCAUAAGUCCUACUCAGAAAAUAUUUGACGGGCAGAUAAUUUGUUCAUAAACAAAACGACUUUGUUGUUUCUCGACGAUUCGACUGUGAACGCAUAUGCAAGCACAACAUUUUAGCCAGCAAAAGACGCAAACAACGAUGACUCGAACGAAACAAACGCACAAACCAAAAAUCGCAACCAAAACAUACAGAUCGUGAAUACAGGCGACCGCACGUCAAUUUGAAUUCAUUUUACUGUCAAAUCUGUUCCCGUUCGGACGAGAAAGACUGUCCACUUUUGCGACGUUAUUCAAUACAUGUAGUGAAUUUCCUUUUGCGCACAACAUUAAGUUUUCUUCAAAAUCAGUGCAAUUCCGCCAAAUUCAAACAGGAGAACGAAAAUAAAGCAUAGAAAGCAAGCAAUUAUUUGAAACACAUUUUCAACCGGCCAUGGCAGCCAACCAAUUCAAUAUAGACUAUCACCAACUGCUGGGUGUUAGUAGAAAUGCCGACGAAAAGACUAUACUCAAAGCAUUCAGAGAACUGUCGAGAAAGUGUCAUCCGGAUAAAGUAUUCGGCCAAGAGGAAAAGAUGAAGCUGUUAACCAUGGCCAAAGUCACCUUGCUCGAUCCGGAUAAGCGAGCCAAAUACGAGGCCAAUUACGAGUCGGGUGACAGUCAAUCCAAUUUGAUUGCUGACUUGCUCAAACUUAAUAUUGGACACAGACUAUCAGAUGACUACCGUGCCAAAAUAGAGCAAUGGAAAAAAGAGUAUCAAAGCAUACAUAUCAUUUCCAAUAUGGACAUAUUCGACAAGUUGUUCCAAGAAUUUGAGCAAUCCAUGUUUGAUAAAAGAACAGUUUUUGAUCUAGGCGCAGAUCAAUUGAUCAACCAAAAUAAAUCAGAUCAAGUGAUGUUUGAAGAGCUACGAGCAAUUUUCAUAGAGCAAAACUUUGGAAACCUAGCUCAAUAUAUCUUGACCAACCAGUGUCGCUCUGUAUUGACCAAGCUAUACGAAGAUAACAACACACAUGCAUAUGAAUUGCCAGAUAAACUCAAAGCGUUGCUCCAAAUUAUCAAAGUGUCUAGUACACUGCACGCCGAUGGUCAUCAAAAUAGAAUCAAAGGCUUGUACGAGGCGGUUUACAUUUAUCCCAUCAAUGAGUGCAUAGAUUGUGUUCUAAAACUCAUCAACAAUCGUAUGACUGAUGCUCAUAAGGAUGAGGUUAUAAAUAUGCUAAUGACUCACAACUUGCUAAAUGAAAAAGCAGAGAACAAGCAGUACAUGCACAGAUUGAAAUGUAAUUCUACACUCAGAUCUAUCUUUAAAUAUGAGGAAGCCAUUCAUAAUCAGAAUAUCGAUUCAAUGGAAAAAGCAAUGCUUUACGCAGACCUAUGUAUGGGUAAUGGAUUUGGACAUCCAGUAUUGUCCAAUAAUCUAGUGAUGGCCGCGAGAGAGCUAAUCGCAUGUAUGGCGGAAAGUGCAGACGCGGCUGAAGUGUAUGCGCUAAAAAAGUGCGUGAUUGAGCUGUGCGCCAAUGUUCUCCACAUUGUGUCAACAUACGCCAAUCCAAUCGCACAACUCAAGUUCUCGAUCCACGUAAUCAGGCUUAUAAAUAGAGCUAAUCAAAUUCUUGCAGAUUCAGUCGAGGGACAAACUUUGCACUCGAAUAAGGAUAAAAGACUACUGGUUGGUGAGCUCGAUAAACAUCUGUGGAAAGUUGCCGUUCACUGCGUAUCAAAGUCUAUCAGAGUGAGCCCAUUGAUAGACACCACAUUCAAUAUGACCAGUGAUGUGUUGUAUAUCGAUCUGAUUGACAACAAACUGCUGGAAAAGUACUACCAAUGGAAUAUUGACACCUAUUCUGAUCAUCCAUUAGCAUAUUUAUACCAGUACAGCCUCAUGGAAGGCUCGUGGAAAAGCUGGUUCGAUGAGACCAAGUUUGACGAACACAGACGGAAGUGUAUCGAACAUUUGCUUGGUAAAACAAAGAUGAGUGAGCUGGACGUGGUUAGAACAAUGAAGUCAGAGAUAUCAUGCAUAAUACCCAAUCCUGGUGGCGACACAUUCGAAUCAAAGCCAAUGAUAAUCAGAUGCGAAGAGGGCUGGAUUGUGCCUGAUAAAAACUACCUGAAUAUGGGCAAGAUGAGUUUCAAUUCUGUGGACGGACUGAUCAUUGACAUCGAGCAAGGCACUUUUGAGAUAAUUGUAAGCACAGACGAGCAGCUUAGCCUCUUAUGUGACAGCCAAGACAUCGACGAAAUCGUUAUCAAGGGCCUGUCUCACAGUGUGUUCAGUCUCGAUCAAGCUGAUUUCGAACUAGACUAUCACCCGUUUCAACUGAUGCGUUUUUCGCCCAAACGUCUCGAAAAUUCUCGAUACCUUUCCACUCUACUAGCUGCUGAUUAUCUGCUCAAAAUGAUCGCAACUAAUACCGAGGUGUCAGCGCAAGCACCAUUUGAAAUCAAGCAGGCAGCCGAUGGCUUCCUAAAAGCUUUGCCCUCUGACCUACGAGAGUUUAUUAUGAUGAAAAAAUCCACCUCUGAUUUUGGAAAAGUCCAUCGAUUUUGGAUAGAGAAUGACGAUAUACCAUACUUUAAAAAUGUGGAUGAUAAUGGCAAACUAACUUACGAAUUUUAUUACACAAAUAUGCUGGUCAAAAAGCAUUUGAUGAAAAAGAAUUCAAAUGGUGAAUUAGUUGAUGAUGACAGCGAAGAUGAACUCACAGAUGAUAGCGAGGAUGAAUCGGACGAGAUCUCAGCCGAGGCUCGAUUUACUCGAAGACUCACUCAAUACUACGAUCUGAUUGGCUGCUAUUUCCCAGUGCUGUUGAGGCUGCGAGAAUUGGCUAAACUCAGUGCCAUUUCCAUGAUAUUGAAAAGUAUUUAUCAUUCGCUGGAAGAGAGCAAAAAGCAAUUGACUGCCCCUCGGAAUGAAGUUCAAACCAUGCUCGAAAAUAUCAGACGCCAAAUAACCUAUCCUAUUUGCACCGAGCCUAAGGUUGACGAGUCAUACAGGAAAUGCUUGCUCGACAAUGAAGUGUACGACGAUAGCCGAGUUUCCUGGAGUGAGACGAUCCGGGUGAAGAACAUGAUCCGAACUGAUUUGAAAAGUGCAGAGGAACAACUGUUGAUCGACCUACCUAAACUGUUAUCCGAGUCAAUGAAUUUGGCCAAUACUCAAGCACUAGGCCAACAUGUUCGCAAUUGGAUAGAACAUGACCAGUGUAAUGCCUUAGUCGACUAUUCGUGCACAGCUAUCUAUGAGCGAAAAUUAGAACAAUUGUCCAAGUUUGGCAACAAUCUCGAAAAGCUCGGUGUCAAUCUGGUUGCUGAUGGUGAUACCGAGCUAGAUGAAUGUGAUAGCGGAUGCAAGUGGGUACCAUCUGCAUUCUCCCAACUCAUUGGCAAACGUGCCUAUGGAGGAGUUUUUCUACGGCCUAAGCUUAGCCCGCAGAAUACUAGAGGCUUUCAGGGCUUCCAGGCAAGUUCUAAAAAUGCUGGAUCCUCUGGUCCUCCCAGCGGUGGCUCCUCUGCUCCUCCCAGUGGUGGAUCUUCCUCUCCUCCCAGUGGUGGAUCUUCCUCUCCUCCCGGUGGUGGUUCUUCUGGUUCUGCCAAAACUCCCAAAAAUAGAAAAGAGUUUUUUGAAAAAUAUGGACAUGGCAAAGGUUGGCCAAAUCCACCGAUCAGAUUGGAUGAUGGUACUUAUGGCGGACAACCUGACACUAGACACAUAACUCACCAAGGUAUCCCCAUCAAAUUUGGUCCUAGUGGUUUGGCUCAAGUGCAUAAUCCCAGGUACAACACUAGAAAAAAAGCUAUUGACGCAGCCCGUCAUGGGAAUCGUGGUCGUGACAAUGGGACUGUGUUUAAGGAUGGCGCUCACGGCAAGAACAGAAUGCAGAAGGGAACUGCCAGUGACCAACAGAAGAAAGAUUACCUCAACCGAAACAAAAAAGGUGACCACAGCAGCCAUGUUCAUUCCUCCGACGGGAAAGGUCGUCGCCUCAAAGAUGGCGUGCAUCACCUUAUGCCUAACUGAUAACAUUUGGUACUCUUGAUUUGUAAAACAGCAUUUAGCAUACGAUUAAAGUAUUUACCGUAGUAUCACUCAGUUUUCGUAUUGCCAAUGUUGAAAAAAUACCAACAUGUUUUAAUUUUUUUUCAAUAUUGAGCUUUUUCCGUAUGUAUUGAAAUUUAACAUUCAGGACAAAGAAAUCAAAAGAAAUGAUUUCGACGCCAAAUGCCUCUUUCAAAAUAUUCUAAUCUCAAAAUGCAUACAUAUUUUAAGAGAUAGUCUUCAAACAAAAUAAAUAUCAACACUUGAUAUCGUAUUUGGCAUUCAAAAUUAAAUUUACUGAUUCGCAAAAAAAUGUGAAGAGAACAAAAAAAAUGUAUUUUCAAUUUUUCCACAUUCCACAUUCCACAUAAUUAAUGCAAAUUGAAUAUUAUUUUUAUAUACCCCGUCCUCGUGCCAAAGCAUAGGUGAAUAUAUAAGAAAUAUUCAUUUAAAAAUAGUUGUAAUUAUGAAUUCAAAAGAAAAUCUGGAUUUCUUUACGAUCGUUGAAAUACAAAAUUCCUCACUAUCAAUUAGUAAAUUCGGCGGCCAUUCAAACAAAUCGAAUAUUGAUUUAAUGCAAAAAUUUUGACACGAAAAAAAUACAAAAAUAAAAAAAACGUAUGCGAUACAGUUUGCGUUGUAUCUUCCAAGUUCUAACUUACGAUUUGUCACCAGCUAAAAAUAAUGUUAAUUAUAAUAAAGAAACUCGAAUAAAAAUCCCAAGCUCAUUUCGAUAACAU